AUGCCUGCCAUCAAAGGAACUUCUUCUGUUUCUGACCUGCGAGCACGUCGGAAGGCUCUGAAGGGGACUCGAUUUCCAGACAACUUUGCUCAAGCUGUAGAGCUGGAGAAGGUGAAUAAGCAAGUGUUGACUCAAUGGAUUGAGCACCGAGUAACUUCUAUUCUGGGGUUUGAAGAUGAAAUUGUAUCCUCCAUGGCCAUCAAUCUGUUCCUGCCAGAAGAAGGUGAAUCUCCAGAUCCAAAGCGAGCCCAGUUGGAUUUGGUUGGUUUUCUUGGUGAAGAAGAAUCAGCUUCCUUUGCCAGAGACUUGUGGACGCUGAUGUUGGAGGCUCAGGAAAAUGCAACUGGGAUCCCUAAGACUCUGUUGGAGGAGAAGAAAAAGGAGCUAGCCGCAAAGAAAGCCGAAUCGCGCGCUGCACAAGGCGAGGGUCGCCGUGAUCCCGACAUGAACCGAUAUCUACAAGAAGCAAACAGAAGAGCAAAUGCUGCCAGAGGCGCAAUGGGUGGCGUCCAUGGACGACGACAUGACCAGCCUUCGGUACCAGUGAGUCCGCCCCGUUACGAACGACAAUCAUCAGAAAACCGAAAUGGGCGUCGUCAACAUCAACCUGACGAGAGAAGAUUGCCCCCCGCACAUCGCCGCCCAGGAGAUAACCCUCCGCAUCCUGGCCACCAACAUCCUGGAAGAUAUGAUAGAGAUGGCCCUCGAAUGCCACCAGGGCUGCCUUACGGAUUUGACAGGAGACACGAGAGGCAUAUGAGUCGCAGUUUCAGCCCAGACAGGGACCGAGACCGAACUCGAUGGGGUAGAGAAGAAGGGAGAAAAGAUGACGAUCGCGGGCGAAGAAAUGAACGGCCUCGAUUUUAUGACGAAGAGGAUGAAAUGCGAUUUUUGGAACGUCGUCUUGGUUCUCUUCGGCGGGAAUACUCGAACAGACCCAAUGAUUAUGCUCUGGGCGAUGAGAUUGAUGAUAUUAACGAUCGACUGCAUGAAUUAGACCGUCGGAUGAGACGAUAUCGACGAGGAAGAGACGAAGACGACUACCGCCGAAGAGGAGGACGAAACUCUCCACGACAUCGCAGCCGAAGCCGGACACCCGAGAUCCGUCGUCGUCGUUCUAGGAGCCGAAGCCUUAGUUCAGAAUCGAGGAGCCGGCGUCGUCGCCGCAGUCGAAGCCUUAGUUCAGAAUCGAGACGAAGUCACAGCUCUGUCUCACGCUCGAGCCGAAGUCACUCUCGCGAGCGAGGUCGAAGACGAGUGGAACGGCGAUACUCCUCUGAGAGCCGAUCAAGUCGCCACUCGGAUUAA